AUGGCACUGACCGAAACCCAGGACAGAGCCAAAGUUUGUCUUGCCUUGCAGAUGAGAGUCCCGGCCGCCCUCAGCGCGAGGGGGAGUCUGCACAGGGAGCCGCUCUCGGGCCGCCUCCUCGCCCGGCCCGGCCCGGCCCGGCCCGCCGCCCCUCGCGCCUCCCGGCUGCUCCUCCGGGGAAACCGCCCGAGCGAAAGGGCGCGAGGCGCGGCGCGGCGCGGGACGGCUCCCUCCUCGCGCGCCAGGCCCGCCACCGCUUCCCGCCCAUUCGGGAGCCAAUCGGAGGCGCGCCUACCUCGGCCGCGCGUCGCCGGUCCCCGGGCAGCCAAUCGGAACGCAGCGCGCCUCAGCCGAGCCGCCGCGGGGGCCGCUCCCUCACUCUCCGGGAGGAAGGUCGCCUCGCCGGGCUCGCCGCCAGCGCCGCCUCCGUCCUCGGAUCCCCGCGAAGCCGCCGUCGCGAAGCCCUCCAGGCAAGGCCCGAAGGUCUCCAGGCAAGGCCGCGAAGGUUCUCCAAGCAAGGCCCGAAGGUCUCCAAGCAAGGCCCGAAGGUCUCCAAGCAAGGCCGCGCAGCCCUCCAGGCAAGGCCCAGGCGACACCGACGUCUCCGAGCUCGCGGCGGCGGCACAAAACAUCCUUUCGCAGCACUCUGGCUCGGCCUCUUUCUUCGCCCCCUUGUUCGUGCGCUUAGCGGCCCGUCAGGCUCCCCCUCGCCGUGCUCGCGAGGCGAGAAGCGCCCGCAGCAGCCUCCGGUCCCUCUAA